AUGAAGCGAUUCGGAUCGGUUCCUGCUUGCGAAACCAACGCCAACGCAUACGCCGGCAGUGCUGUCUCGAACGCAAAUGCCGGUGCUCCGGCAAACGCCAACGCGAAUGCCAACGUCGGCGCCGGCCGCGGUGGCAACGAUGGCCCCGUCCAGACGAGCGGUGGCGCGACUGCGACGGCCACUGCGACUGCGAACGCGAACGCUGGUCCGCGCAGCGCCCCGAACAGUGCAACUGGUGGCGCGGGCGCUACGUCUCAGAAGGCGUACCGUCAGCUUCGCUCGGAGUAA